UCCUCCGGCGCUGCAGGCUGCACCGCCCUCCCCCUGGCCUGCGAGUCGGGAUCUGCGCUGCUUUGGGGGACCCUGCGCCGUGGUUCCCCUCCCAGCCCGGGGAAGGAUGGGCCCCAGGGCCAGACAGAGUCCCAAGUCCCCACUGGCUCCCGCCCGGGGCUCGUGCCUCUUCCUCCUGCUCUGCCUGCGCCUGGGCGCCUCCUGUCCACAGGCCUGCGAAUGCCCUGACCACGCGGGGGCUGUGGCCGUGCACUGCAGCGACAGCGGCUUGCAGGAGGUCCCUGGGGACAUUCCCGCGGACGCGGUGCUCCUGAAGCUGGACGCCAACAGGAUCUCCCGCAUCCCGGACGGCGCCUUCCAGCACCUGCACCAUCUGCGCGAGCUCGACCUGUCCCACAACACCGUGGAGACCAUCGGCCCCGCGGCCUUCUCUGGCCUGGCUGGGGGCCUGCGGCUGCUGGACCUGUCCCACAACCGCAUCCGGAGGAUCCCCAAGGACGCCCUGGGCAAGCUGAGCGCCAAGAUCCGCCUGUCCCACAACCCGCUGCACUGCGAGUGUGCCCUGCAGGAGGCGCUCUGGGAGCUGAAGCUGGACCCCGACUCGGUGGAUGAGAUGGCCUGUCACACUUCCGUGCAGGAGGAGUUCGUGGGCCAGCCGCUGAUCCAGGUGCUGGACUCGGGCGUCAGCCUCUGCAGCACCCAUCACAAGACCACGGAUGUGGCCAUGCUGGUCACCAUGUUUGGCUGGUUCACCAUGGUCGUCACUUACAUCGUAUACUAUGUGCGGCACAACCAGGAGGAUGCCCGGAGGCACCUGGAGUACCUGAAGUCCCUGCCCAGCGCCCCCAUCCCCAAGGACCUGGGCAGUCCUGUGCCCUAGAGCCUGUGCCCAGCAGGCCACUGUCUGCCACCUGCCGUGGACUUCCUGGCAGGAAGAGACUAACGUGGGAGGUGGGUGUGACAGCAGGUCCUUCAUGUACUGCCCCUGGUCACUCAGUAGGGGAGGAAACAGAGGCUUGGAGAGAUGGGGACUCUCUGGACCACACAAUCAGGAUGCGGUCCGCCCAGGAUGGGAGCCCAGGCCACCCAUGGCAAUGUUCCAUGCCCCUUCUCUCCACCAGUCCCUCCCAGGGGCUGUGUGCCUGUGAGCCACAGAUACAUGAGGAGCCGGCUUGUCUUUGUUUAAUCCCGAGCACCCUCGGCCUGGAUUGUGUGCCCCGUUUCCAGAGCAAAGUCCUGGGGACUGGUUCCCAGGGUGAGGGGAGGUUGGAGCUUGCCCUGAACUUGGCUGCCAGAAUGUUUGAGUGACCUUUGCACUGAAGUCCCCUCCAUGGACUGAAAACCAGAGGAAGGUCCAGACAAGCACAGCCCUGCCCUGCCUCCCACGCUCUGGCUGAGCCUCCUGGUGGAAGGAAGGCCUGGACCGGUCACUGCUGUGCCUUGCUUUUCCACCACUGACUUCCAAAGCGGCCCUUUUCAGGGGGCGGGAGGACCGAUGCAUGACCUCUCCUGGCUAAUCCACCAGUGCUGCUUUUCCUUGGCAACAGGAACUUUCUCUUUUCACCUUCACUGCCAGUAAUCUCAGAGAGCAUUUAUUGCUCCAUUUUCUUAUGUACAUGACUUCGUGUUCAAGGCAGAUGUUACCACCACCCCUAUGACUGAUUUUACUUGUCACUGUCCUUUUGUACGAAUGUUCAUAUUGUAACUGCUUCACAGCUCUUUUUGAGGGGUAGCAGAUGAGUGUAAAUUGUGUGUGGACUUAA